AUGUCAGGGCUGAGCCAUGAUGAUAUCCACAAGGAGGUGGAGAAAAUCCAGACAGUGGAGAUGGAUAUCCGUAUUUUGGAGGGAAUAGCCCUGCCAACAAUCCUGGCGCGACAGUUUUUAAAUGCUGCAGGGCGUUACGAUUUAAUGGAGACAGUCCUCAACUACAUUAAAGAUGUCCUUAUUCCAUAUCAUAAGGAAAUUAUAAACCCCAGCAUUAGGGAUGUUGCAGAUACACCAACACCUAAUUUGAUGAAGACUCUUUUGAACAUCUGCACAUCACAGCAAGGGAAUGGUGUUACCACCAUCGUUAAUUCGACACUUGCUGUCAAGAGUGACAGCAUUAAAGACCCCAGCCUUCGUAAGAAAAUUCAGGCUCUGGGAGGCAAGCUGAAUCAUUCGGUUCGACUAAAUGGAAAACCGAAAAAAUGUGUCACCAUUCCAAAGACUUCCAUGACCGAAGAGCAAUGGAAGUCAGUGGCAUCGGCUAUGUUAAAAGCAGCUGUACCACCUCCAACUACAACUGACCGGGCAGCUGUACCUCCUCCAACUACAACUGACCGGGCAGCUGUACCUCCUCCAACUACAACUGACGAGGCAGCUGUACCUCCUCCAACUACAACUGACCGGGCAGCUGUACCUCCUCCAACUACAACUGACGAGGCAGCUGUACCUCCUCCAACUACAACUGACGAGGCAGCUGUACCUCCUCCAACUACAACUGACGAGGCAGCUGUACCUCCUCCAACUACAUCUGACCGGGCAGACAGGGCAGCUGUACCUCCUCCAACUACAACUGACCGUGCAGCUGUACCUCCUCCAACUACAACUGACGAGGCAGCUGUACCUCCUCCAACUACAACUAACGAGGCAGCUUUACCUGCCCAGGCAACACAUAGAACUGUCCCGCAGUUGCCUUUUCCUAUUCAGAAGUUACAGAAAAAGACAAUCACCACAUGCUUUAAAUGCAAGAAAGUUGGCUCGAAGUUUUUACACUGGGUUGCAUGUGAUGGCUGUCGAAAAUGGUACCACCGAAAAUGCACCACCUUAUCCUGCAAGGACUAUCUAAAGUUAACGGAGGAUUCUGUAUGGAAUUGUGACAUUUGCAUUGUGUAGGAUAACUGUAGUGUUUACAUGUAUUAAAGCUGAAAUGAAUUAAUAAAUAU